AUGGGCCAGGGGGCUCGGGGCCUGCAGGGCAUGAACGGGCCGGGGCCCACGCACUGUGUGCAGGCCAAGUGCUUUGACCAGCUGGUACGUCACUGCGUGGACUGCAAGCUCCUCCGCACGCCAGAGCCUAGAGCUGCAGGGGCAAGCAGCCAGGCACCUGGAACCGCGCUGCAACCCCAGGAGUCAGUGGGCGCCGGAACCCCACAGGCCGUGCUGCCCCUGCCUGGGCUGCUCUUUGGGGUCCCUGUACUCCUGGGCCUGGCGCUGCUUCUGGCUCUGGUUCUGGUGGCCCUGGUGAGCUGGAAGUGGCGACAGCGCAGGACCCUGGAGGCUCUAGAAAGAAGCCAGGAUGGUGAGUCUCAUGUUGGGAAGCCCCCGGACAACAUCUACAUCCCCUCCUCGGGAACUCCUGAUGCCUCGGCUCCUGUCUGGCCUGCACCCAGGGAAGACCCGGCCGCAACCCCAUCUAGCCACAGUGUCCCUGUUCCUGCCACAGAGCUGGGAUCUACUGAGUUGGUCACCACUAAGACAGCUGGCCCUGAGCAGCAGUAGCAAUGGAGGGGACAGGAGAGGACCUGUGACCCGGGCCUUCAAAAGGAUUCAGAGCCUCUCCUCAGGGCCAAGCAGUCCUUUGGCUGGGGACUGGGCUGCACACAGGCAGCACAGG